AUGGCUUUACAGGAUGUUCCCGUUGUUCUUUUUGCUGGUGCUUCAAGGAAACCGUAAGUAAAGUAUUAUUUAUUAUUUUUCUUGGUAUUUUGAUAUUUCCAAAUAUCCAGUAUCCGUUUUACAAACACUUUUGCGAGUUUAUUUUAUAUCGUAGCUAUUCAAAAAAAUUUCCUUUUUCCCCUGAGUUCUUUUAAAGAAAAAAAGAUAAAGUAAACAGUGGAAUUUCUUCAGGAAUACUUUCAUUGCCACAAUAUAAUUUUUUUUUGCUAUUCGAAUUAAUACAGUGCUUCAAAUAUUUAGUGUAAAUGUCAUUUAAUAAUUAUGAACAAUGGCUGACACUUUCAUCUCAAAACAUGAAGUACACAAAAGUAGACCAAAAAUUACACAACCAUGUCAUAUGUAAAAACCACAGUCAAUUCUAUUUUUUUUUCAUUUUAGAAGUAAAAUGGAAUGGGGUGAAUUAAAAAACGUAAUCCUGUGCAGAGAAGUAUUGGCAAUAGAGCCUUAUAAAGCGAAGGAACGAACAGUGCAGAGAGCACAGGCAUGGCAAACUGUGGCAGAUAAUCUAAGCAAGAUUAAAGAUCCAUGUUUCAAAGUAGACAAAAGGUCUGUACGUGAGCAUGUUAUGAAAAUGGUUGAAAAGUUCAAAAAGAAAAACAAAGAAGAAGAAAGGGCAAGUGGAAUUUGCCCAGAACAAAGUGAGUUGGACAUUCUGUUGGAGGAGAUAGCAGACAGAAUGGAGGCAAGCAUAGAAAUAGUGGAAGAGGAGAAUGAGAGAAAGAUAAAGAAACUGGAGAAAGAAAAAGAACAAGCUGAAGAUAUCAGACUGAAAGCAAUGGAAUCACUGGGUGAAACAAAGAAAAGAGUGGGGAGUCAAGGGAGUGAGCAAGACGGGUUGGGCCAGCAGAGAUCUAAAAAGAGAAGGUCUAAUGGAUCUGAGCUUGUGGUAUUUUUAAAUGAAAGAGCGACUCAAGAAAUGCAAUUACGAGUAAAAGAUGCUGAGGCAAAAGAAAAGCAGCAUCAGGACAUGAUGGAGAUGUUACAAAGGCAGCAGCAAGAGCAACAGCAACAACAACAACAACAACAACAGCAAUUCAUGCAACUUCAUGGACUGCUUGUUCAACAACAGCAACAACAAAAUCAAUUGUUGCUUGCUCUGUUGGCAAAAAAAAAUUAA